AGGAUUCAGCUGGAUAAGGCUUCGUCGAAUUCCCAAUUUCCUAAACCCAAACCCCUGAUUCAACAUCGCAGGAAGGCAGCACUUGUGUGCUUUGUGCCCAUCGCCGCAAUCUCCAGUUUCUUCCUCCAAACUGGCUUCAUUGGAACUAGAAGAAGGUUGCAAUUGGGUGUGGUUGUGAGGAGGUUGUGUGAGUGACGGUGUGAGUGAAGGAGUUGGGUGCAAUGUAUUCAUCUGCUGCAGCACAGCACCUGCUGUCUCAAUCGUCGUUUCUGCAUUUGCUUCCCUCGUCUUCAGCCAAGGUUCUUGCCUCCACGGUUCCUGCCACUUUGAAGCGCCCUCCAAGCGAGAAUACGCUCACGCAUUCAGUUUCUCUUUUCUUUUCCCCUCGAAGGGUGGUGGGUGUGGCAUUUAGAGCCAAGUUGCCACCUCUGCGUGCCUUAGGUUACAGCGACCAAGGUGAAAACGACGACGAUGUGUAUGUGAGGAGCUUCAAGCCUCAAAUGGGAGAGAGGAGAAGGUUUGACGAUGGUAGAGACCAGACGUUUUCGAGGGAUUCAGGGGAAGGCGAGGUUGCAGGCAGGUCGUACCAGAGAGCCUCAACAAGUGGUGCUGGCGACCGGUCAGAUUUUGGAACGGUUUCUAACGACGACAGAAGGUCAUUUCCUCAAGGCAGGGGCGGUCGAAGCGGCCGAGGUGGUCGAGGGAUUAGAGGAGGUCGAGGAACCGGUCGAUAUGACAGAGUAGCUUCCAAAGACACUUAUUCAAGAGACGAAGGACGCGAGUGGGACGAAAAUGGAGGCUUCCGUCCUGAGGGAAGAGGAGAAUUCAGAGACGCGGCUACAGGUGGACGAAGUGCUGGAAGAGAUUCUGGACGAGGAAGAGGAUCAGCUCCACGCGGGAGAACAUGGGCUCGAAGAAAUGCUCUCAGAAGCGACAGGCCUAGGAACACACUAGUACUGGACGAAGCCACUGGGGAGAUGGUUGAGUAUAAGCAUCCAGACUGGAAAGAAGACCCUAAAGCUGCAAGAAAGGCGAAGAGGGAGCCAGCCGUAGCCCCACAAGUUCACUUUGACUCUCCUAUGAGCAAGCAGCCACACGUUGCCAUUCUUGGAGGUGGGAUGUCAGGACUUGUAUGUGCUCUUACUCUUGAAGAACUCGGGAUUCGUUCUACCGUAUUCGACACUGGUAAGCAUGGCCUGGGUGGUCGCAUGGCAACUCGAGAUAUCCACACCAAGGACGGACUUUCUUUAACUUUUGACCAUGCGGCUCAGUACUUUACUGUCUCGGAUCCGAAGUUUCGUAAACUUGUGGAUAGAUGGAUCGAUGAAGGUGCUGUUAAGGAAUGGAAAGGAGUUGUUGGAAAGUUGCAGGCUGGUGGAAAGUAUUCUGAUUUGGCGGAUGAUGUGCCACGUUAUGUCGGAACGUAUGGAAUGCGGCCACUCGCCGAUCAUAUGGUCUCACGAGGCCGACUUAUUGAAGUGAAAAGGCCGGUGUGGAUCAGCAACAUGGAUGCUAAGGGCCCUCUGUGGCAUCUAAACGAGAAUGGGAAACCUCACGGCGAAUUCGAUGCAGUCGUAAUUGCUCAUAAUGGAAAAUGUGCAAAUCGUCUGCUUGCGCCAUCAGGGGCACCUGAAGUAUUUAAGCAGAUGAAGAGGCUGGAAUUGAGUUCAAUCUGGGCCUUGUUGGCUGCUUUCGAGGAGCCACUACCUCUUCCAGAAGGACUUGAGAGCAGCCGUCUGGACGGUGCCUUCAUUGAAGGAGUGAAUGCUGUGUCGUGGAUGGCGAACAACAGUUACAAGCUUAAAAAGGAUGGCCCUCACUGUUGGACCUUCUUCAGCACUGCUGCGUUCGGUAAAAGGAAUAAGGUUCCGCAGGAAAGCAUUCCAGCAGUUAGAGCAGAGAGGGUGCGGAAGGAGAUGCUUCAAGGAGUGGGAACUGCUCUUGGUUUAGCCGAGGGAGCCAUGCCGACUCCAAUUUUCACCAAAGUUCAACUUUGGGGAGCCGGUUUACCAACAAAUACUCCAGGCGUUCCUUGUAUUUUUGAUCCCGUUGCACGAGUCGGCAUCUGUGGAGACUGGCUUUUAGGAUCCAGCUUAGAGGCAGCAGCACUGAGCGGCAUGGCACUUGCUGAACAUAUUGCGGAUUUCCGAGAUAGAGGUGAACUAAACCCUGAAGAGUUCAGUAUUGGACUACAAAAAGGCUUCUCAAAUGUCGAAGGUCAAGAUAUAGGACAGUUUCCUGGGUCCACAGGACUCGAGACAAAAAUGUCUCAGCAGCUUGUUGGGUCCACUCAUUAAUACGCUUAAAAUAGUUCAUUGUUACAUUCAUGGUAAUCUCAGCUACUAAACCGAAUCGAAAUGCAUUUUCCUAGACCUCCAAAUUCCUUGUUGAGUAGAGAUUAAUCUCAAGCUAGUUAGCACACAUGUUCAGUUAACAGCAAUUGUAUUUUCUGCAGCUUUACCUGGACUCUGUAACCGUCAUGCAAAAUUCGCUUUAAGCACUCUCCUUCCUGUACUAGUUUCUCGUUUGGUUUGAAUUUAGGGAGCAUCUGUCCGAACUUAACGUGAGAUCAGGUAGUGUCGAUAGCGAGAAUAAGAAUAUUUGAUCUGAAAUUUAGCCAAUUAAGGAACGAUUUUAAGUACCCUUGAGUGUGAAGGCCAAGGGUGCUGCCGAUUCUUGAGUACAAGAGAAAGUGGUCUAAAGUAAGAUUAUGUAGCCAAACACUAUCCAAUAUACGUUUGUAUAUGUAUAUUUAUAGAUGCACCGUUUUACGAUCAAAUGCUAGAUCAAUAAACUUAGAUAGUAGAACGCUGUAUGCAACUCCCACGGAAUCCAAAAAGGUGAGAAAACGAUGUCCUACA